AUGGCGGCCUCUGCCGCAUUGUCACUCCCCCUGCCGCCACGCCCUCUCCCCUGCCACGCCCUCAUCGGCCGCACUGCCUCCGCCACCGUCGCAUCCGGCAGCAGCGGCGAGGGUUCUGUCGCUCUCGCGGUUCCGCCGCGCGCAGCAGGGCGGGCGCGCAGGGAGACGAUGAUGGGCGCGCACGUGCAUCAGGGGGCGCGGAGGUGGCGCGCCGUGCGAGCGACUAUGGGGGGCGCGGAAGGAGGAGGUGGGGAGGGGGACGGGGAAGGAGAGGCGGACGGGAAGAAGGGUGGGGGCGAGGGGCAGCAUGGCUGGGAGGCGUGGCAGGUGGCGCAGCGGAUGUACGCGGCGGUGAACGCGCGGGACGUGGCGGGCGCAGUGGCGUGCAUGGCGGAGCGGUGUGAGUACCAAGAUAUGAUCUACCGCGAUGCCCUCCACGGCAAACAGGCGGUGGAGCAGCACCUGAGGCGCGUGCUGCACGCCAUGCCGCCCGGAGUGGCCUUCAUUAUUGACGACAUCUCCACCGGGGAUACCCGUGCCUGCGGGGUGGGGUGA